AUGGUGGCGUUUAUCGGAGGCACCGCCGGAAGCCGCAAUAUAACCACCUUACUUGUCCUACGAUUCGUCAGCGGUACGUUCGGCGGAUCACCGUUAGUCAACGCAGGGGGCGCUAUCGCAGACAUUUUCCCUCCAGUGGAGCGAGGGCUAGCAAUGAUAGUCUACUCCUUCGCACCCUUACUAGGACCGCUCGUCGGGCCCAUCAUUAGCGGUUUUGUCUCUGAGAACGUGGGCUGGCGAUGGGUGCAGGGGAUGUGCUGUAUCUUCGUAGGUGUGAUUGGCGUCAUCGGCACCAUCUUCGUCCCAGAAACAUACGGCCCAGUACUGCUACUCCGAAAGGCGAAACGUCUAACCAAAUCCACCGGAAAAGUCCACCUUAGUAUCCUCGAGCGCGACCAGGGCAAGAAGAAUCCGUCCGAAGUCUUCCAAAGAGCCUUAAUCCGGCCAUGGGUCCUCCUCAUACAUGAACCAAUCGUGACCGUCGCUUCCAUCUACAUAGCCCUAGGCUACGGAACGACCUACAUGUUCAUGGGCGCCAUGCCAAUCGUAUACAACGAAGACCGCGGCUGGUCUGAAGGGAUUGGCGGCCUCGCAUUCCUAGGCCUUGCUAUCGGAGAGAUCCUAGGUCUAGUGUACGCUGGCUACGACUACCACAGACGAUAUAUGAAACUAUACAAUACCGGCAAGGCAACGCCGGAAUCCCGCCUCCCCACAGCCAUCGUGGGUUCUAUUGCCUUGCCGAUCGGUAUCUUCGGCUUUGCGUGGACUAAUUAUCCGAGCAUUCAUUGGUCCGCGAGUAUCAUUCUCUCGGCGCCGUUUGGUUUCGGGUGCAUCCUUAUGAGCUUGUCGAUCACGAAUUACCUCGUCGAUUCGUAUACUAUCUAUGCGGCGACUGCGCUGGCGGCUUUGGCUAUUGUUCGGUCGGCCGGUGGAGCUGUGUUUCCCUUGUUCACGAAUCAGAUGUACCAUAAUCUGGGGAUUCAUUGGGCUUCUUGUGUGCCGGGGUUUCUGACCGUGGCUUGUAUCCCGUUUCCGAUUGUCAUGUAUCGCUAUGGUGAGUUGCUGAGGAUGAAGUGCAAGUAUACAUUUGAGGCGGCGGAGUUGAUGCGGAGGAUGCAGAAACAGCAAGGGUUUGGUCAGGUUGAGAGUGGGGAGAGAGUUGAUGAAGAGGGGUCUGCUUGA